UCACUAACUGCGUCGAGCUGGCACCACUUUAAACCCCACUCUCCAUUGCGUUUCCUACUGGUUUCCCCUCCACACCUCUCGAUCCCUCUUCAUCCUCAUCCCAAUUCCCAAAUGCCAUACUAUGUAUACAUGAACCCUGCUUCUUCAUCCCAUCACUUAACACUUCACUUCAAACAUCAAGUAAUUACCCAAUCCUUAAUGGCUACUUUCGUUUCUUCCCUUUUCCUCCUCCCACUCUUCCUCUUCGUCUCUCUGCUUCAUUUCACCUCCGCCGCCAGACAACUCCCCGGGUCGGCUCAAGACCCCACUCUUGCCUUCCGAUACCAUAACGGUCCUCUCCUCACCGGGCCACUCUCCGUCAACCUCAUCUGGUACGGCCGCUUCAAGCCUCCCCAGCGUGCCAUCGUCUCCGAUUUCCUCGCCUCCCUCUCAUCUCCCCAACCCCCCAUGGCCCAACCCUCGGUUUCCACCUGGUGGAAUACCGUCCAGAAAUACUAUCGCCUCCUUAAUUCUAAGAAGCCCUCUUCGGUUUCUCUCUCCCUCGGCGGUCAAAUACUAGAUGAGACCUACUCUCUGGGGAAAUCGCUCACCACUCAGCAGAUCGAACGACUGGCAGCGAAGGGCGAGCAGAAGAACGCCAUUAACGUCUUGUUGACGGCCUCCGACGUGGCGGUUGAAGGCUUCUGCUCCAGCAGCUGCGGCAGACACGGAUCGUCCCAGAGCUCCAGGACCCGAGACGGCAAGAGCUCCAGAUUUGCUUACAUUUGGGUGGGUAACUCCGAGACCCAGUGCCCGGGUCAGUGCGCCUGGCCGUUCCACCAACCCAUCUACGGACCCCAAACCCCGGCCUUGUUAUCGCCCAACAACGACGUCGGUUUGGACGGCAUGGUCAUAAACCUGGCUAGCCUUUUGGCAGCAACUGCUACAAACCCAUUUGGAAAUGGGUACUUCCAGGGGGUAACCGGGGCUCCGUUGGAGGCUGGUUCAGCUUGUCCGGGGAUUUACGGAAAAGGAGCUUAUCCGGGUUACGCCGGAAGCCUGUUAUUGGAUAAUGCGGGUGCCAGCUACAAUGCGCAUGGUGCGAAUGGGAGGAAGUACCUGCUUCCCGCAUUGUUUGAUCCCUCCACGUCAUCCUGUUCUGCGCUAGUUUAAACCAUGUAUAGAAGAACUCAUUAGGGAGCAUAGUUGCCUAAAUUCUUUUAUUUGUUUAUUUAUUUAUCCAUUUAUUUAUUAAUUUGAAGACUGAAAUAAUAUUUCUUUCAUAUACAAAGAAAA